AACACAUGAAUAAUACCCAUCUCCUCCUCCUUCCUCCUGGGGUUGAAUCUCACCCAGAAACAUCCCCUUGAAGCUCGGUUCUGGCAGUCGUCGGGCCGGUUCGUCUCUCUGAUCUCGCGAAACCACCAUGAAUGAAGAUCGAAAUGACAGUGGUUUGAACAAGAUGGCGGGGAUACCAUUGGAGAUCAUAAGCGAGGAUGAGGAGGAAGGGGACUGCGAGAGCAAGACCAGGAACAGCACGAGCUCGAACAACAGCGUUAUCGAGGAGUUCAGCGAGAACAACAACAACAGCAGCAAUAAUAGUAACAAGAACGCGAUCAGCUCCUGCACUAGUAAUGGCUUGAGGCCGUAUGUGAGAUCUCAAGCGCCGAGGUUGCGUUGGACUCCUGAGCUUCACUUUCGCUUUGUUCAAGCAGUGGAGCGACUGGGGGGUCAAGAAAGAGCCACGCCGAAGUUGGUCUUGCAGCUGAUGAACAUCAAGGGGCUUAGUAUUGCUCAUGUCAAGAGCCAUUUGCAGAUGUACCGAAGCAAGAAGAGUAACGAUCGAGGAGAAGUUAUAAACACAAGACAACAUGUCAUGGGGAGCGCAGAUCAGCUUCCUCAUGCCUUCUGGCGACACUCCAUUCUCCAAAAUCUCGACUGCGGGAUCUCCAAAGUCAGGGAUUUUUGCUGGAGUAGCGACCGGACCUGGGCAAGCGGACCCUAUUUAACUGAUGUAGCCACGGCGAAUGCGCGAAACGGGAUCCGACUCGCAGGUUUCAUGGGUGACAACAUGAAGCACGCGACUCAUCACUCUCCUCCAAACACAAAAGACAACUUCUACUGUGAGCUGGGAAGAAGGAAACAAACUCAAGACCCGGUGCUAGAGUCCACUAAUUUCUCGUUGCUGUUCAGUCUCGCGCGUGCCCAUAGACAGCAAAAGUCAACCCUGAUUCAACCAUCGAAAGACCAAUUAACGCCCGGAACGAGAAAGGCUCCUCAGGAUGAGAUCUGGAGGAUCGAUAUUGAUGGCGACCACAGGGAGCGAAGCACGGUGAAAAGAAAGGCUGAUCAUGACGGCGACGGAAGCGAUCUUGAUCUGAAUCUGUCUCUAAGCAAUAAGAUGCCGAGGCUUGUGGAGGUAAGGAAGAAUGAUUCGUGGGAACAAAACGAGGGUGAAGUGGUGGAUGGCAAUCUGUGUCUUGCUUUAUCAUGCCCAUCAUUAUCAUCAUCGUCAUCGCUGGACUUGUCACUAGAUCUCAACAUGCCCUUUGAUGACCUCAACAGCUUGAAAGAUAGUGAUGAUAGUGCUAAUGUUACUUAUCCGAAGUAUCUCGAUUUGGUGAGUACCCUGGAUCUGAUCAUGAAUUAGGCUUAUGUAUUCUGGUGAGAUCCCGUUGGUACUUGCUCAAAAAGAUGGUACACCGAGAAAAGGCCAGUUGGUCAUGCUGUGUUCUUUCUUGUC